UAUCCGGUUCUCAAAGCAUGCUGCCUUGACCAAAAAGUUGACCUUUCUAGGAUUUAAUCAUCCGCUUUUAUUCAGGGUGUUUGACAACAACAUAUUUGAGCUAUAUAUUAUUUAUACACCACCAUAAACGCCAUUAACAAUGUCUCUUCUAAGUAAAAUUGGAUAUUUAGGCCUUGGUGUUGCUCUAGUCGGUGGAGUCGCCCAGACAGCAUUAUACAACGUUGAUGGUGGUCAUAGAGCAGUUAUAUUUGAUAGAUUCAGAGGAGUACAAGACAUAGUUUCCGGUGAAGGAACACAUUUUCUGAUACCAUGGGUACAGAAACCAAUUAUAUUUGACAUUCGCUCUAGACCAAGAAGUGUUCCAGUCGUAACAGGAAGCAAAGAUUUACAGAAUGUUAAUGUGACAUUGAGAAUUUUAUUCAGACCAAAGGCUGAUGCCCUACCUAAUAUAUACACAAAUGUUGGUCUUGAUUACGAUGAACGAAUUCUUCCAUCCAUCACAAAUGAAGUUUUAAAAGCUGUGGUGGCCCAGUUUGAUGCAAGUGAAAUGAUAACUCAGAGAGAAAUAGUAUCACACAGAGUUAGUGAGGAAUUAACAGAAAGAGCUGCCACAUUUGGUUUAAUUCUGGAUGACAUUUCAUUGACACAUUUAACAUUUGGAAAAGAAUUCACACAAGCUGUAGAAAUGAAACAGGUGGCACAGCAGGAUGCUGAACGAGCUAGAUAUCUUGUAGAAAAGGCGGAGAUGAUGAGGCAAGCUGCUGUCAUAUCAGCAGAAGGAGAUUCCGAAGGAGCCAAGUUACUGGCCUUGGCAUUCAGAGAGGCAGGUGAAGGAUUGGUCGAAUUACGUAAACUUGAGGCUGCAGAAGACAUCGCCUACCAAUUGUCAGCGUCGCGUAACGUGACAUAUUUACCUGCAGGACAACAGACAUUGUUAUCAUUACCGCAGUAAUUGUGUCUAUAAAUAGAAUAGACUUGAUAUAUUUCUGUUUGUGUAUAUGUAUGUAUAGUUUUGAGACAGUAAAAGAACAAUUUUCCUUUAA